AUGAAUAAAGACAUUAAAUUUGGUCCAACCUACAUUCGCUGGGGAAGAAAACAAUGUCCAAAGAAAUCUUCAUUGAUAUACGACGGUUACAUGGCUGGGAAAAAGCAGAGUCUCAAAUUAGGAGGAUCUAAUUAUCUAUGCCUUCCAAAAAACCCAGAGUACACAAAUCUGGAGUCUCCAAAUAUAGCAAAGUCCUUGUUCGGUGUUGAGACCGACAUUAAUGGUUUUUAUCCAGAUAUUGCGAACAAAGAUGCAUCUUGUGCCGUCUGCAUCACGAAAAAUAAAGCCUCGGUUUUGAUGAUACCUGGUCGCAAGUCAUGUCCUGCAGGUUGGAAUGUUGAAUAUUGGGGUUAUUUGAUGACGGAAGGUGUGCAGACAACUGAACAAGUUUGUGUAGAUAACAAACCAGUUGGUGUUCCAGGAGGGGAUAGAGAUAAUGGGGACUCUGUCGUUUACUUGGUUGGAGGAAUGUGUGGAUCACUUAAAUGUCCUCCCUAUGUCAACGGGAAACCUUUGACAUGUGUUCUAUGUUCAAAAUAA